UUUGACCUGCCGAGCUGGCUACGAUUCGCACAUUGGUCUAAGCUGUUGUGGUAACGUUGGCUAGCUACCGCUGCUGUAUGUAGCUAGCCAGUGUACAAGCUAGCUAAGCUACGUUUUCACUCGUUGUUAGCUUGCUAGCUAAUUAGCUUUUGAUUGACGUUUAGAUGGGCGUUAAGUUUUACACGAUGUCGUUAAUAAGCUUGACAGUUUGUUUAUCAAGCUAAUUAUUAAGUUUAUGUGUAACAUUACCUGAAAAUAUGCACACCCUAAACAUCGGACACGCUUUUUAACAAAACUCAGUUUUGCGUUCACUGUACUGUCAGCAAAUGUUUUGUAAUCAAAGAACGAAUCAAAGCAGGGCUGGUUGGGGUGGUUAUGGCUUUGUCAUUCUUCAUCAUCUUCGCAGCAACAGUGCUUCAAGUUUUCUGUGAAACUUCAGAAAUCAAGGCUCUGCUCCCAGGCCCCAGUGACUGCUGUGCAGAGAAUGGCAUGGUGGGGAAUGGAACCUGUGUGAACAGCACCCAGUGUGAGCCAGGGUGCUUCCUGCGCAUCCUGGAGAACGACACGGCCGUCUGUAUGCUCUGUGACACGCAGUUCCUGGACCCGGACAACGUCUCCAGCUGCACUUACAUUCCAGUGAAGACUAAUGUGACCUUUACUGCAGGAAUGCCGAAAAUCGGUGGUCCGGGCGUGGUCGCCUCCCUCCUGCUGGGAACGUUGUUGGUGAGCCUCUUCCUCAUCCUGUCUGUCGCGUCCUUCUUCUACCUCAAACGCUCCCACCGUCUGCCCGGAAUAUUCUACAGACGGAACAAAGCCUUCAUAUUCCAGCCCAGCGAGACAGCUGUAAUGAUACCUACACCUACAUCCUCAGCGAGAAAGACCAGGUACGUCAGAAGAGAGCGGCCGUCGGCGACGGCUGCAUCCACCGCCGCCACCAUCUCCACCGCGGCCGUCACCAAAGUCAGCAACGUGUGAGGGUCCGCAGAGGGGCAUGCUGGGAUACGGGGACCCCCGGGGACGUCCUCCUGCCUCGGGCACUGUUAGGGAAGCGUUAGCGUGUGUAUUCCUCCUGCAGUCUGGCCUGUAGCGUCUGCCUGUGGAUACGCUAGAGACUAGCAUUCUGCUUCACACCUGAGACGUCAGCCAAGACCAGUGGUGGCUUUUCUCUUCUGAUAUAAACACGUACUCGGGUACAACUGAUUAUUUGAUAAGAACUGACAGAGGGCUUGUAGCUCUGGAGGUGAAUGCUUAAUUCUUAAAUGAGAAGAAUACAAGAAAGUCCUCCUGGCCAAUGUUCUUAAAAUCUUGGGAUGCCACUACUGAAUUUGAGCACCUUCUAAUGAGAUUAAUUUAUUUUCAAUGUAUUUAUUAUUACUUUGUGUGGGUACAUUGUGUGGGUUAUUGUAUGGAGCGUAAAACCAAAAAACUGAGCUUUCGGUCGAUUUUGAAACAUACAAAUUUGUCAACCUAUGACUAGGAAUAGACUGCCAAAUGUCAUUCAUGUAUUCUGUGGUCGCUUCACGGUUGAUUGGGGUCAAGCACACUGUAAAGUUUUGGAUUUUAAUACUUUCAGAGUUGGCUCAUACCCAUUGCACUGAACAGAGAAAAGAAUCGAGAGGAAAAUUGCAGCAUUUUAAUGAAAAUAUGCACUAAUAUUUAAAGACUUCAUGAAUGGCCGCAGCUUUUAAAUGAGACCGUAGUUUGUAGUUAGCAAUAGCCCUCCACUUGGUCAGCUUUUCCCUGAGAAGUGAAAUGUCAUUGCAAUAGGUACAUACAGAUUAACACUUACUUAAAUACAGCAUUUCCCAGAUCAAAUUAGCAGCAACCCACAAUUGGCCUUGUAACAGAUCAAUUUGGGAAUUGAGAAAAAUGAAGAAUAGCAACUUUCGAAUAAAAAAAUUCCAACCAAAUGCCAUUGCACUCUAGCGUGGAGUGUAAUAUAUUCUAUGGGAAAUUAGUAACCUUGGACACAUAAGAGAGGGUGAAAUUAAAAAACUCAAUUCAUGUGGAGACUGUAGACUCCAUCUCAUUUAGCACAGUCACCAGUUAAUUUCCCAAAUGUUUGUGUCAAAAUAUCCCAAGUAAUAAUUUUAACAUUGAUGAGCAACAAAACCAGUGGGGAAAUCACCGUGUUGUCCUUGACUGCCAAUAGUUCAUUUAUGAAAUUGUGACCCACAGUGAAUGUAAGUCUUAUUGUGGAUUUCCUCUACUUUUUCCAGCAAGUUUUAUGAAAUGUGUAAUGUAUGAAAUGUGUAAUGUAUGAAAUGUCUUUGAGGCGCACAUUUUUUAUUUCAACAAGCAGCUGUAAUGCCAUAAAAUGUGCUCAAUAUCUCUAUUUUGAGGAAUCUCACUUUAUCGUUGUAGACAUGACUGGCGUGUACUGUAGUUGUUGCCAAAUAUAUGAACAUUUGUCAUUUGUCUGAGGGGAAAACACACAUAUUGACUGCAUUUGCAGUGCCAAGUGUCCUGGCUGGAUGGAUCCUGCAUACCUUUUCUUUCUGAAAAUUGUACAAUUGAGUUGUAGCUACACAAGUAUGGUGUUUCUUUUUUUUUUCAUUUUGUAAAUGUUGCGCAGUUAUCCUAAUGUUGUACUUGUUUUUGGUGUUGGGGUGAAGUUAGUGGGUGAGCAACCACUCUGUGAAGUUAGUGGGUGAGCAACCACUCUGUAGAAUUGUGUGCCAAUGGGCAAGUCCCAGAAUAUUUGUGAGCUGCAUUAUACUAUUUGUAUAGUUGAAAGGCCUAGUUUCUGAGGAUGUUCAAGGUCGAACAUGAAACAAAAUAAUACUUGUUCGCAAAUUGGUCUUGUGUCAUGUGCAGUAUUUAUUCAAAGCCCGUGAUAUAAUGGCUGUUGUACAGCAAUCACCUUAAACCUGUACAUAUUGUACUGUUUUUAUACAGAUGAUGUGUGUAUUUUCUGUUUUGUACCGACUGUAUUUUCUAUGUAAUGAUUCCAGAUUUAAGUUGUAUGGCUUAAUAUGAUGAGAAAAUAAAGCAUCUUUCCCAAAA